UUAUAUUAUCACCUACUAAUCUCUCACCAGUGUAAGUAUCAUAAUAUCAUAAGGUUAGUUUUAUAUCAUCACCUACUAAUCUCUCACCAGUGUAAGUACCAUAAUACCAUAAGUUUAGUUUUAUAUUAUCACCUACUAAUCUCUCACCAGUUUAAGUAUCAU